AUGAUCAUCUUUGCCAUGCACCUCAAGGACCAAUUGAAAUUAUGGCUCAUUUCCGAAGUGGAGUCUGCUUUCAGAGUUUCACUUUCUGAUCCCAGUGAAGGAAUGCAUUGGCCAUGCUCCGCUCAACGUUAA